AUGUCGUCGCCACCGCAGCCCGCGACUGCGGAUACCGGGUACAUCACGGAACCGGCUCCCUUGGAAAACACGUACACGUCAGACACGAGUCUUCAACGGGCCUUGCAAUGGUAUCUCCCACCUGCAACACUCCAGUCCGUAGAGCCGCACCUGACCCAACUCGGUGCCGAGGCGGUCUCCGAACAGAUCCGCGAAUGGAGUGCUGAUGCGGAACGAAACCAACCUCGCGUCAAGAGUCAUAACGUCUGGGGAAAGCGAUAUGACUAUGACCGACUGGUCACCGCCGAGGGUUGGAAGCAGCUGGGGCACUGGGGAGCUCGCAAUAAGGUCGUUUCGGCAGGAUACAACCCUGCUCUGGGCUUGGAGCGGAGAACGGUUCAAUAUGCACUGAACUAUCUCUAUUCGGCGUCUUCGGGCCUGUACUCCUGUCCGAUUAGCAUGACGGACGGUGCCGCUUUCAUUCUCGCAUCGAGACUCCCCAAAUUGCCAUCUACCCAUCCGUUCCAUGCUGUUUUCAAGCACUUAACUUCGGAAAAGGACGAUCAUUGGACUUCAGGUCAGUGGAUGACGGAAAGAGCGGGAGGAAGCGAUGUUCAAAACACCGAAACCUGGGCAACAUACUCUCCUCUGUCCAACCACUCGAAAACGGAUCCUCUCGGGGAAGGGGACUACCUGAUCAAUGGAUUCAAAUUCUUCUCGUCUGCCACCGAUGCCAAUGUGGCUCUGCUUCUAGCCAAAACUCCAUCCGGAAAGCUUAGCACGUUCCUGGCACCUCUACGAAAGACCGUGGUCGGGAGCGAUGGAAUUCCUCGUCAGGUUUCAAAUGGCGUGAGAAUCCAUCGGUUGAAGAAUAAGCUCGGAACAAAGGAACUGCCGACCGCUGAGUUGGAACUCAAGGACAUGCGCGCUCACCUGGUGGGGGAGGUUGACCACGGCAUUGUCACCAUUGCGCCCCUCCUAAACGUUACUCGCAUACACACUUUUGUCGGCACUCUGGCUGGCUGGCGUCGCGCCCUGAGUAUCACGAAGAGCUUUGCAAAGGUCAGAUCGACUGUUGGAGAGCCUCUGUGGCUCAUCCCUAUGCAUCUGCGCCUUCUCGCAGACCUGGAGGUCAGGCACCGCGGUGGCAUGAACCUCGGUUUCUUCACAAUCGCCGUAAUGGCACUCGUUGAGAACAAGGUCUCCGAGCCUUCGAAGCAUGCACACAUACCUCGUCCUGGCCAAGAGGCCAGCGUUGUUUUCCGGACCUUGACAGCCACUGCAAAGGCCGUAGUCAGCAAGAUGUCCGUUGCGGGUAUUCAGGAGUGCCAGGAAGCGAUGGGUGGCGUUGGAUAUAUGGAUGAAGCGGACGAGCCCGAGUUCAACAUCUCGCGAAUCCUUCGCAAUACCUCAGUCAACUCGAUCUGGGAGGGAACUACGAACGUCUUGGCCAGCGAGACGGUUCGUUUCCUUCUGAAGCCGGGCAACAUGGAUAUUUUCGCGGGAUGGUUGAACCGUACCUUGGCUUCAAUUAGCACUCCAAGCUUCCGCAAUGCCUUGACUGCUGCAUGGUCAUCCUUGCGGGCUCGCUUCUCCACGAACAACAAAGCCCCCACUGCAAUUCUUGCCGAUGCCCGCCGUUAUAUGUUUACCCUCGCCUGGAUAAUGUGUGGUGCACUCUUGGCCCUCGAUGCGCAGAGAGAUCAGGAUCGCGUGAGCAUGGAGAUCGCCCGCCGUUGGGUUAUCAGCGCCGAGGGAGGUGUCGGAGAUUUGGUUUUCCAUGACAUUGUCACAGUCAGAGAACAAGGGGCCUCCGAUGCCGAUGGUGAAGAUCAUCUUCAAUGGGAUUGCCGUAUUGCUUGGGGCAUCGAACUGCCCGCGAAUCGGGCAUCAGGCCACCGGUCUCUGCAAAAGACCAUCUCGAAGCUGUAA